AUGUCGCUGAGCAAGUUUGUUUCUGGCCAGCUGCUGGGGCGGAGGGUGGUGCCCAGAGAUGCCCCUCCAGCCGCCCUCCCACCCCACACGGGCAGCUCGGUUGCACCCACAGCACGCUGGCCGGGCACUCGGAACCUGCCGACGGCCUGUGAAAACGUCUGUGACCCGGACGAGGAAACGCCUCCAAAACCAGAGACAAGCACCUGGGCCUCCGAGUCCCUGGCGGCGCGGCACCUGCUCCCCGGAGCCGCCGCUCUGGCCCGUGGGCCCCCGACCGCCCAGCGGGAAGGGAAGGCCCCGCCACACCGGCAGCCUUCCCCGUUGGCGACCUCUCAGUUUUCGCGGCAAGGACGAGUUAAUUUCUCUGUAGACCAUCUGGCCUCACCAGCCUCGCCUGCCUGCCACUCAGCCCCCGCCAGCCCUCUGCCCUCCAUGGGCUCCCAGGGGCUCCCAGGCCUCCGCCUGUUUGGAGGACAGGGAGCUGCAGCGGAAGUGCACUUGACACAGGCGCUCCACUGGUCUCAGGUGCACGACAGACACAGUGACCCGGUCGGUGUCGCUGCUACACCAGCACCGACAGUUCCUGGACCCCCACUCCCACCCCCGUCCCCCGGGGUGCACCAGAUUCUUCUCUGCACCAACGACGUGUCUCGCUGCUGCCGGCCCGGCUCGGGGGUCCGACAGCUGCGCGCUCACCAGGCCCCGGGACGGCGCACGGCCCCCGCGGCUCUGCACUUGGCCGAGGCGGCCCAGCCCUGCCGCUCCGCCACACGGAAGGCGGUGACGGAGGGGGCUCGGGCGCAGGGGCCGAGGCUUCAGCAGCGGCGCGCCCAGGACCUGCGGGACCCCGAGGGCGGGAGGCCUGUGUCUCCCACACCGCGUUCCGACUACCAGAGUGCUGGAGCACCGAUGCUGUGUCCUGCUAGGGCUCGCGGCCGGGAGCGCUGCCCUCACGGCGUUCAGAGGAGGCGCAGGCGUGUUGGAGACAGCGUGCCCGAACGCUCCUGCUGCGGCGUUUGGAAAACCUUCGCAGAGCAGCCACAUCUGUCUGCAGGAUUCAGGGCUGGUGUCCUGAUUCUGGGGGUGGGGUGGCCUCUUCCCAGAGCCCCUAACCGCCAGCUCAUGACCUACUGGCUGCAGGAGCUCCAGCAGAAGCGGUGGGAGCACUGCAACGGCCUGGACGCGGUGGCCGGGGACAGCAGGGCCUCCCCGGGCCCGGGGGACUUCUCGCAGGGCCUCGUAGCCAGAGACAGCCCAGAUGUAAUUUACCCGCACCCAGAUGCCUCCGCAGAAAAAGCCAGAAAUGUCCUCGCCAUGGGAACCGUCCCCGGAGAGCUGGAGCAGGCAGCUCACCAGCCAGCCGCAGGGCACCCCAACCCCAUUAAUUUCUCUUUCAAACAGUGGGGCACUGAGCUCAAAAAUUCAAUGUCCUCUCUCCGUCCCGGAAGAGGGCACGGUGAGAGUCGCAAGAGCGUGUUUUAUGCAAAUGAAGAGUGGGAGCUUUUAGACCCAAACCCUAAGGACCUGGAGGAGUCGGUGGCGCAGGAGGAGAGGAGGAAGCAGGUGCCGGAGGGAAGCAGAGGAGUAACUGGCUCAGGAUUUCCGUUUGAUUUUGGACGUUUUCCCUACAAAGGAAAGCGCCCUUUGAGAGACAUGAUCGGAUCGUACAGGAACCGGCACAUCAGUGGGGACCCUGGUGCCGAGGGGGCGCUGAGCAGCGGCGCCAGCAGGCCGGCCUCCGAGGCGCAGCUGCAGGUGCAGAGCCAGCAGGAGGAGCUGGAGCGGCUGCAGAAAGAGCUGUCCAGUCAGAAGGAGCUCGUGCGGCUGCUGCAGCAGACGGUCCGGUCAUCACAGUAUGACAAGUACUUCGCCAGCAGCCGGCUCCCCGAGGGGGUCCCCAGGGACGCGCUCCAGCUCCUGCACCGCAAGGAUGACCAGAUCCUGGGCCUCAGCGGCCAGCUGGAGAGGCUCACCCUGGAGAGAGAGAGUCUGCAGCAGGAAGUGAGGACGCUCAAGGGUAAGGUGGGCGAGCUCAGCGAGCAGCUGGGGAUGCUGAUGGAGACCAUCCAGGCCAAGGACGAGGUCAUCGUGAAGCUCUCGCACCAGCUCAGCGAGGGCGAGGACAGCGCGUCAUCCCCCACGGGGGUGCCCGGCUCCCCCGGCCCCGCCAGCAGGGAGCAGCUGGAGCUGGACAGGCUGAAAGACAGCCUCCAGGGGUACAAAACCCAGAAUAAGUUCCUCAACAAGGAGAUCCUGGAGCUCUCGGCGCUGCGGAGAAACGCGGAAAGGAGGGAGCGGGAUCUGCUGGCCAAGUAUUCCAGCCUGGAAGCCAAGCUGUGCCAGAUAGAGAGCAAGUACCUGAUUCUGCUCCAAGAGAUGAAGACGCCCGUGUGCUCGGAAGACCAGGGGCCCUCCCGCGAGGUCAUAGCCCAGUUGCUGGAGGACGCUCUGCAGGUGGAGGGCCCGGAGCAGCCGGAACAAGCCUUCGUGAAGCCUCAUCUCGUCAGCGAGUACGAUAUCUACGGCUUUAGGACGGUCCCAGAGGAUGACGAGGAGGAGAAGCUGGUGGCCAAGGUCCGCGCGCUGGACCUGAAGACGCUCUACCUCACGGAAAACCAGGAAGUGUCCACCGGGGUCAAGUGGGAAAACUACUUUGCGAGCACGAUGAACAGGGAGAUGGUGUGCUCUCCGGAGCUGAAGAGCCUGAUCCGGGCGGGCAUCCCGCACGAGCACCGCUCCAAGGUGUGGAAGUGGUGCGUGGACCUCCACACCCGGAAGUUCAAGGGCAGCGCUGAGCCCGGGUACUUCCAGACACUGCUUCAGAAGGCGCUGGAGAAGCAGAACCCGGCCUCCAAGCAGAUCGAGCUGGACCUGCUGCGGACCCUGCCCAACAACAAGCACUACGCGAGCCCCGCCUCGGAGGGCGUCCAGAAGCUCCGCAACGUCCUGCUGGCCUUCUCCUGGCGGAACCCGGACGUCGGCUACUGCCAGGGCCUCAACAGGUUGGUGGCAGUGGCCCUCCUGUACCUGGAGCAGGAAGAUGCUUUCUGGUGUCUGGUCACCAUAGUGGAAGUGUUCAUGCCUCGUGACUAUUACACGAAGACGCUGCUGGGGUCCCAGGUGGACCAGCGGGUGUUCAGAGACCUCCUGAGCGAGAAGCUUCCCCGUCUGCACAGCCACCUGGAGCAGCACAAGGUCGACUACACCCUCAUCACGUUCAACUGGUUUCUGGUGGUGUUUGUGGACAGCGUCGUGAGUGACGUGCUCUUCAAGAUCUGGGACUCGUUCCUCUACGAGGGACCAAAGGUCAUUUUCCGCUUUGCGCUGGCCCUUUUCAAGUACAAGGAGGAGGAGAUCCUGAAGCUGCAGGACGCCAUGUCCAUCUUCAAGUAUCUCCGCUACUUCUCACGCACGGUCCUCGACGCCAGGAAGCUGAUCAGCAUCUCCUUUGGGGACCUGAACCCGUUUCCCCUGCGCCAGAUCCGGAACCGGCGAGCCUACCACCUGGAGAAGGUCCGGCUGGAGCUGACGGAACUGGAGGCCAUCCGGGAGGACUUCCUGCGGGAGCGGGACGCCAGUCCCGACAAGGGCGAGCUGGUCAGCGAUGAGGAGGACACCUGAGAGCCCCGCCCCCGCGAUGCUGCUCUUGCCUCACGACCAAAGUGUGCCAGAGGGUAACCAGAGGCGUCUCCCCCCCGAAAAGCCCGAAUGUAGCGCCCGUGGUCCCCGGAGGUCUGCCGGGCAGACCCAGCGCCACACCGCACUCUCUCCUCUCCACUCCCGCUGGGGUCGGUCCCGUUUACAGCCAUCUCCGUGCCGUGGCCCGUGGCUCUGCGUCGCCCCGGUGAGCCAGCUGGCCGUUGUCCAGACGCUGUUUACAGCACGUGUCGGCGGGCCUGUCGUUGGCCCGCGCUCUCGGGCACCGGCCCCGGGCCCUCCCCGCCGCGCUGCUCCUGUACCCGGUGCAGCCCAGGGCCUCGGCUGAGCAGCCGCCCUGUGCUUCACGCACUUCUGGGCCACAGCCUGGCUGCUGUGGGGGCGCCGGUUAGUGAAAAGGGGCCUUGGGAAAGCAAGUGCCUCCCCCGCUCAGAAACAGCCUCUAGAAAACUCGCACACCUUCCGCAGCAGGCGGGCCGCCAGUCUUGCCCAUCUCUGGCCCAGGGCACGGCCCUUCCAGCAGUGAAUGGCCUGGCUCCCCAGACGGCCCCCACUCCCUCUGGGGCACCAGCCGGGCUCGCGGGCCCCCAGCCUGGCACAGACCUGCAAGUCACCAUCCGUGAAGGGAGUCAGGCCCUGCCCUGGGGCCCCGGUCGAGGGGGUGGAGUGGGGCCGUGAAGCAGCUUCUGGGUGACACCAGGGUCCCCUCGCCAUGGGCUCAGGCCGCCCAGGCAGCUCUGCAAACGGGCGCUCUCUGGAGGCGGCUCUGCCCGAGGAAGUCUGCUUUUGCUUCGCCCUCCGAGGACCGUCCCUGCUGCGCACCCGUGAGACGGUCUCCUGGCCCAGAAUCACUCGACCAGGGAAGAAACAUCUUCACGGGGACCUUCUGCACCACCUGGAGAAAUUGGCAGCAGCCCUUAGUUGGUACGUGUUGGAGGCAGCCUGAGCGCUGAGCCGUGUAAUUUGCAGGGGGGUUUCCCCCCCGAGGAGGAGCGUCCCAUUGUCACCGGCGUCUCCACGCAGCCCGAGUCUCCGUCUGCAGGGUGGGCAACGUCAUUUCCGGGAGUGGCUGGUGGUGUCUUUGUGUGCGGACCCCACCGGGGCCCCCAGGGCUGGUGGAGACACCACCCCACGCGGCUGCCGGCCCGGGGGCCCCGGUGAAGGUGUGCAGCAGGAUCAGGCUAGUUUCCAAGUCGAUGUCCCAGGGGUGAUGGUGCUGCUUGUAGGAAUAGGCUGCUAUUGUCUGUUUUGCCCCAGAAAGAUGCGUUUUAGACACAUGGGUUGGGCCUGGCUGUCCACAGUAUGUGGCCAGAGCUGUGGUUCCGGGGAGCGGCCGGCGGGGCCCAGGCUGUCGUCCGUGGCAGGGAGUGAAAGCGGGGGGUCGGGGGAACGGGCCAGGGAUGCCGUUCUCUCUUUGGGGGUCCAGAGGGCAGGAGGGGAGCUUGGCCCGGUCCAGACUGGGGACAGGAUGGGGCCUGCCCUCCAGAACCACAGGGCCUGGGCCCACCCCCCUCCUGCCACCUCCUCCGGGCAGGCAGCGUCCUGACGGGAGGCCUCCGCACCAGCCUGGGGCCCCUGCCGGCCGGACCUUGUGGGGACGCUUCUCCCAGAGGCUCGUACCGUGGCCAAGGGCAGCCCCUCGACGCCCUGAGGCACCUGCCAGCUUGCACAUGGAUGUUUUUGUUUCGUGGGUUGAACGCAGUAAUACUUUUGUAUAUUUUUCACUACAGUUAUAUUUUUAUAGACUAUUUUUAUCAAGGUUUUUCUAGAUUACGUACAUCUAUUUUAUACGAGUCCUUUGCGUCCGCUCCCCGUACUUGUGUAGAAGCGUGAGCGCGAGGUUGCUCCCCAUCCCUGGGCCGCGGGCGCCCCCCUCGGGCUCGUGCUGGGGCGGCGCCCCGUCCUUGCGGCCACGCUGGUUCCUAGCCCAUCGUAUCAAUAUAGGAAAUACUGUAGGCGAACAGCCAGUGCAUUUUCCUUUUUUAAACUGAAUGUGUGCAUUCUCCCCCACAUGGCCACCUGGCUUUGGGCUGCGUGGUCUUCACAGGUGCCCUGGGCGGCUGGCCGGCCGGGGGCGGCCGGGGGGCGGGGGGCGGGGGGGGCACGGGGGGGGGUGGGAAGGGGGGCUGGCAGGUGACUUCCCCUCAUGUCCCUGUCGCUUCUGUGUCCAUCUUCCACUUAAACUUUGGAACAGUCCUACUAAAAUGCCAAAUAAACUACUAAUUUGUGUAA